ACUACAAGAAGAACCACCUGAAACACAAACACAUGUUGUGAGAAAGAAGACGAUGAAGAUGAAGACCGCUUUUGUAAUCAUAAACUGUAUAAUCCUGGCGAUUGGAAACUGUGGAGGCCCUCUAAUGACGCGUCUCUACUUCAGAAACGCUUACCUCCCUGUUUCCACUUCGUCUCUGAUCAUCUCCUCUCAGCUAGCCUUCACUGCUCUCUUCGCCUUUUUCAUGGUGAAGCAAAGGUUCACACAUUUCACUGUAAACGCCAUCGUUUUGAUCACUCUUGGUGCCGGAAUCCUUGCACUACACACCGACGCUGACAAGCUUGCCAAAGAGACACACAAGGAGUAUAUUGUUGGGUUCCUCAUGACCGUUGGUGCAGCUGUUCUCUACGCUUUUAUAUUGCCGCUUGUGGAGCUCACUUACAAGAAGGCUCGUCAACAAAUCAGCUACACGCUCGUGCUCGAGAUCCAGAUGGUCUUGUCCUCUGUCGCCACUUGCGUCUGCCUCGUUGGGAUGGUGGCUACUGGCGAGUUCAAGGUCGAGUUCUUCUAUGAACUAUCCUUUUUCGCAUAUAUCAUAUGGAUUGAUCUGAAGGGGGAGAUAGCGAAAGAAGCAAGAGACUUUAAGCUUGGAGGGUCUACGUAUUACUAUGUGGUGGUUGCGUUCACGCCGAUAAUCUGGCAAGGGUUUUUCUUGGGAUCUAUUGGGAUCAUCUUCUGUGCAUCGUCCCUCGUCUCUGGAAUUCUGAUCAGUACUCUGCUUCCGUUGACGGAGGUCUUGGCCGUUCUUUGCUUCCGGGAGAAUUUUCAGGCGGAGAAAGGUAUCUCUCUCUUUCUCACCCUCUGGGGAUUCCUCUCUUACUUCUACGGACAGAUUAAAUACGAGAAGAAGAAGAAGAAGACUCAGGCUCAAACUCAGGCUCAUGAGACACAACUGCCUCAGCUUCCAGUUGCUGAUUCUGCAGCU